CACAGAUGAUAUAUGGAGACCCCUCCUGCACGGACACUCAGACGGGACCCGGAGCAUCACGCCACGCUAAGCCUCGCUUGACAUCGGAAUGGAGAGUGAAUCACGUCGGACUCGUCCGGCCACACUGAUGCUGCUCUUAUUAAUGUUGACCACGUGGCCGCGGGGCACGCGCUGCGACCGACACGCCGGAGAUCCUCCCGAGGACCUCGUGAUAUCAGACCUCGGUCAUCUUGGACAUCUCCAGAUCCGAUGGAGCCCCCCAGCCAGCUUCGUGAACAUGACAGAGUGCUCCAGACAAUAUCAGCUGGAGUACUUCGACACAUACAUGAACAGCUGGACGGCUAUCCGAACGCCUCGGCUGGAGCACGCCGCCCAGUUCGACCUGAUGAAAGAGGUGAGAGUGAGGGUGUACACCGUGCUGAGCGGACCCUGCACCGGCGGCUCGGUGGUCAAGAGCUCGCGCUACACCGAACUGGUCCAGAAACCCACCGGCACAGGUGUUGUGGGAACUGCGGUCCAGGGUUUUGCCUGUGUGUAUUAUAACAGGAAGUACCUGGAGUGCACCUGGGGGGGGAACCCAAAGAUGCCCGCCGACUCCCGACAAGAUCUGUAUUUCUGGCACAGGGGCCUGAAGCAGGCAGACGAAUGCCCCACAUAUCUUAUCUCGGGAGGAACGAGGAGCGGCUGCAACUUUACAGGAAAGUCCCUCCCGGAGUUCUCCGAUAUAAACUUCUGUGUCAACGGCUCCUCGAGUGAAGGACCCCUGGAAACGACUUUCUACUCCUUGCAAAUCCAAAACCAAGUGAAGCUUGAAACCACAAAUACGCUGCACCUGCAAACGGGUCCAGGCAAGCAACUGGAGCUGCACUGGGACGCUCCGGUGUGGAGCGGUCCUGGGCGAUGUCUGGAAUGGGAGGUGGAACACGAACAAGAGGGACCCGAUGGGGAAAUUAGUUCGAAUCAGAUUUCCACCAAGCAGACGAGUCUCACUCUGCCCGGCGACGGACAGAGGAGCUGCUUCCGGGUCCGGUCCAAGGUGCACAUGUACUGUGCCGAGAAGAGCUUCUGGAGCGAGUGGAGCCGCCCGGCGUGCCACCCAGAGAAGAAGGAAGUGGCUCCUGGAGCCGGGUGGGACCUGGUACCCAUCUAUGUUUACACGGCUGUGGCGAUCAUCGCUCUACUGGUGCUGUCUCUGUGUGUGGGGCUCGUGCUCUCGAGACGAGUGAAGCAGCCGGACUCUCUGCUCACCGCCCUGUUCGCCAGACAUUCAGAGGUCUCAGCGGCGAAGGCCUAAAAGACGAGAGAACGUGCAGCUCCAUCGCUCCCAAACGUCCCGAACCUCGCUCGUUGUUCAGGGUCUCUGGUUUAAAAUCACUCGAUGGAGCUUUGAUAGAUGCCACACAGUCAUCGCCUGAGACGUUAAUGCUCUGAGGGCUGAAGGUCAUCGUCCUGGGGGCUGAAGGUCAUUGCUUGAGAUGUUAACCCCCUGAGGACUGAAGGUCAUCACCCUGAGGGAUGAAGGUCAUUGCCUGAGAUGUUAACCCCCUGAGGACUGAAGGUCAUCACACUGAGGGCUGAAGGUCAUCGCCUGAGCCAUUAACGCCCUGAUGGCUGAAGGUCAUCGCCCUGAGACGUUAACGCCUUGAGGGCUGAAGGUCAUCGCCCUGAGACGUUAACGCCCUGAGGGCUGAAGGUCAUCGCCUGAGGGCUGAAGGUCAUCUCCCUGAUGGCUGAAGGUCACAGCAGGUCACCUCUUAUCGGCUGCAAGUAUUCUAAUCAUCCAACAUAAUGCUCUAAAUGUCAUGUUAACUGGAAUAUUUUUUAUAUUUAUGAGUUUCUUUAAGUGUUUUUGUUGUUUAAGGGUUUACUUUGUGUCUCAACUCCUGCCAAAUAGUUCAGACUUAUACAUCAUUUUGUUAUGAUGUUUCCUGAUCCGAUGUGAGGUCAAAGGUCAAAAGCCCACUGAGGCAAAUUCUUAAUUUGUGAUAUUCGGGUAUAUAUAUAUAUAUAUAUAUAUGAACUGAAUCUAAUUCAGUUCCAGUUUACCAGGAUGACGUGUUUGACGUGUUUUGGAUGUAUAAUUUACUUCUCGUGGUUUUUGUAUUAAUAAAAGGCCGAACGAGCCACUGGGUAUCAGGAGUGUUUCUUCUGAUUGAUUGUAUUGCAUAUUUUAAAUAAAGCGUACAGUUGAAGCCA